UAAAAUAUUCCAAGAAAAAGUGUAGACUAGUAUAUGAGCACAUUUUUUGUGAUAGAAUAUUACCGUAUUUUUUUAAGAUUGUGAUGAUAAUGAUGAUGACAACAAUGAUGAUGAAGAUGAUGACAAUGAUUGUACACAUUAUGCUAAAGUGCGAUAUUAAAGAGGUUUACUAGCUUUAGGUACUGUACAUCCGAAGAAAGAGGAGUCGAGGAACGUCAUAACGGGGACGUCCUUCUCGCCAGACAUUACGCCUCCUUUCAGAUUCAGUAAUGCUGAUUAGAAACGUUGUCAGGUGCUGGAGUACAGUAGCAGCUAGCUACUUAGCCUCAGGGCAGCUGGAAACAGGAUGCAGACUAAGCAAAGGCGAUUAGAAGUCUGAUUGUCUCUUAAGGAUAUUUCCUGAAAUAAGAGUGAUCAUGACAAGCCGACGGCGCGAUGGUCAGCAAAUGUGCUCAACGAGAGACUGCUAUACAUCGAAUCUGUCAAGACUCCCGCAAAAGGAUCUGUCCAGUACUGAAAAGGCAGGAAAAUCAAUGCAAAAGCUUCCAGCUUGGAUGCGUCUUUAUUUCUACGGAAUGCAUGGAAUAACGUUGGAUAUUAUAUUGUCAUCGGCGCAAAUAUUUGUUAAAACAAAUGAUUUCAAAAUGCUGGGUUUCUCUUCUCCUUUUCUUUGCGUUGUUCACUCGAUGACCCAUUUUGCACUGGAGAAAGUAUAUUUGCAGAGAAAGAGCUUCCACAGAUGCCCUGUUGUUUUCCAUUGCAUAUUGUAUCCUUCUGUUUAUAUUUUUCUGCAUAUUCUGGUUGAGAAAAACGUUGCAAGCUUAAACCACGUCAAACGUGUGUCUGUAGCACAUCUUGCUGUUCAGUACCUCAUAGCGCUAUACUACGCUUACCUAUUUCACAAAAAAUUCUUACGACUACAGUACCAUUGCCUUGGAAGCAAUCAAGCUGAACUGAUACUAGAAAGGUCUCUUCGAGGACUGCCUGGUAUUAUUCGAUUUGUGUUCUUCGGUAUGCACGGGUUUUUAGAUGAAGUCAUUUUCACCUCCAUUUUCAAUCUGAUUGAAAACGAUGACAGGACCUUGACUGGCCAUACGUCUCUGUGGUCUUUUCUCAUGUACGGAAGUUGCAGUUUCGUUGUGGAAAAGCUGUAUUUAUAUCUACAUUACAAAAGAGGCUGGAAUGCGUGGAAAAGACUCCCUAUUUAUAUUGGUUUCGUUUACACAUGGGAAUUUUCGUGGGGUCUGAUCUUACGUCAGUACAAUGCAUGUUCUUGGGACUAUUCGCACUAUCCUCUAAAUUUCAAGGGACUCAUUACCCUGCUUUAUUUACCUGGGUGGAUCUGCCUAAGUUUGUACCAGGAUAUAUUAUCUAACAUCCUGCUGCGUGUGGAAUGCGCCGAAGGCAAAAACACCCAGACCUGCGUUAUUAAUGGGCAGCACCGUGUUAAAAAUCAUAAACAUGUGACCUGAGGGGCGCUAUCAGUUUUAAUGUGAAAACUCUUCAAUUACAGCAGUGUGCAUAUUUAAAAUAUUAUUUCUACAGAGAAAUUCCAGUAGCUGUUAAAGCAGCGUUAUUUUUAGACGGAUAACGUUCUAAGAGUGACGAAUACAACAUAAAAACAAUCGUCAACAAGUUAUAGCGUGUAAUAUGACGCCAAGUUUUCAUUACUGUAUUGACAAACUAUUUUUUCUUGAUUUUAUUGAAACAGGCUCUAUGGCAAUAGGAUGCUUGUACGUGCAUGUACGUGUACUGUGCAUACUGUAUAAUAAUAACAACAAACUCGGUAGAACGUCAGGAUUUUCGAAGAUCGAGUUCUACUUACCACAAUUAGUCCUUAGGUCUGCGAUAUUCAUGACAAACCUUGCUUUUUAAUAAGUUGGCAUAUAGGAGACGACUUAAUUGUAUAUUUGAAGGCCAAACCUAUUAUACUUCCAUAAUUCUUGAAUGAGUUUAAACUUAACAGAAGCAAGGGAUAAACAAAAAAAAGUGUAUCAUUAGUAACGUGAACAUUGUAAAGAUAAGGCACUUGUGUAAGGCCACUCAGGUAUGGGCAAUGCUUUUAAUUCUUGGAAAAUUUAGAUUAAAAAUUGUCAAACAUUUAAAGUUAUAUAAUUCAACACAACAUAGUUAAAAUGUCAUGGUGUCCUCUCUACCUAACAAAAUGUUCACAUCUUAAAUAUUAAGUGGUCUCACACAAUUUCUGAAAUAGUAUAGUAUACUGUAUUUUCAAGACAUUCUCUAACACAUGCUGACAAUAAACAUACAGGAAGAAUUACUAGUGACUGGAAAUUGCCAUUUGAAAGAGAAAGGUAAAUUAAACUUAGGUAAACUCAAACUUGCCAGAAUCCAACCUAAGUAAAAGUAGUGGAAAAUAGUUAUGGUUGUCAAAAUAGAUUAUAAAUUAAUGGAGUGUUACUCUGAGUCAUCCAAGUUAAAUAGUAUGGUAAUAUCUUCAAGAAGAUGAUCCGUCAAUUAAGAAAACUGAUCUUGAUUAAAUCUUAUGUGUGUUUAAUACAGAUGCCAACAAUCUAGAAAAACAAAUGUAUAAAAAAUAUUACAUAUUGUAUUAAAAUAUUACUGUAUGUGAUAAUAUGCAUAGGCAAUUUAGUAUAUGUUAAAUAUGAAUGCUUAUUGAAAAAGAUGGUGUAUUAAUUUUUCAAAACGUUUUAUUUAAAAACAUGACUAAUAUGUACAGUUGCAUUUCAAAGUAGCUUUGCAUUGUGAGAGCUAACAUUUAAAUAGCAAGCCUUCUAAUCUCAAUUAAUAUGUUGUUUAAGACCUACUGCAUUAUACACCUUUGUUUAUACAACAUAGUUGUGCAACUAGUUGAAGUACUUGGAUAAUUGAUAUGCCUUGCAAAAAUUAAAGCUAGAAAAUUGUUAACAUAUUUUCUAUAUACUGUAGAGGAAUAAUUUAACCUAUGUAUUUGAAAGAUUUACUCAGAUGCCUUAGCUGUAAACAAUGUAAUUAUUUACUCUUUAUCAUGUAAUGUUCUGUACUUGUAAUUCAUAUACCUUCACCUUCAAAUAGAUUUGAACUCACCUUUU